AUGGCAGGGGGCCAAGUGACCUCUGGCCGAGGUCAGGGCUCCAGGGGCCCAGGGCCAGGUCCAAGCAGCCUGGUGCAGGCCAGUUCCUUCCCAUCCGGGACCUCCAGGCCCCGAACCCUGGCACCAGCCCGGACCUUGUUCCUCUUCACACGCCCGCUUUCCCCUGUGGGGGCUCACGGUGGAAGGGGGCGCACUUCCCUGACCCCUCAGGCCCUCCAGGGUACCCUGGCACGGGGCUGCCCUCUGAGGCCCCACCCGUGGGUGCCCGGAGAUGCAGACAGGCAGGCCUGGGAGGGGACUGGGGCUCGGGCCGCCACGCGGGACAGGACAGCCGUGCAGUGGGAUGACCCAGGCUGGCGUUCGGGCCACAAGCCCCCUCCCAGCCCAGGGUCCUCAAAGCCCUUCCCUGUGGCUGGGAUCAUCCCGGACGCCAGGCCGUCUGGCUCCGCACCGCCGGAGGGUCAGCCCGGCCUGACUGGACCCCCCCUCUUCAGAGACCGCUCCUCCCAGCUGUCCCGGCCAUCCUGUCAGCUGAGCCACCGAACGGGCGUCAGCAGCGGGGUCUUUCUGCACCCACAUCCCUACGAACCUGGGGGCGUCGCGGGCCCAGGGGGAUCCCAGCCGGGUCCACGGCAGCGCCCCCCAAGCCUCAGGUUCCCUGGACGCAGUCCGCCGGCCCCGCCCUCUGAGGGCCGGCCAGCGGGCCGCAGUGUCCAAGCCCGGGACGGGGGCGCGUGGGAGCCCCUGGGCACCUCGGCCCCUCGGGAGACCCCGCGGCUAAGAAGGUGCCAGCUCCCCCUCCGCGCCCCCCACCCUCGCCCAGCCCCGCCGCCGGGGAGGGUUGGCCGCAGCCCCCAGAGCUCCCCCUCGCGGAGCAAGAGGGCCGCCGGGGCGGGGAAGGCCUCGGUCCGCCGGGAAGGGGGCGGCCGUGCUGGGAAGGGGGCGGCGCCGGAAGUCCGCCAGUCCCCCCGCGGAAGGGGCACCAGGCCGGGGGUGCGGUGA